AUGCAUGCGAGUGAAGUCAGUAACUGGAUCCAAAAAGACAAGGCGACUGGUGUUGGUAGUGGUUACCAUUUUCUGGAGUCGACAGUAUCAACGGGAAAUGCCAGCAACAUUUCUAAUAACGCCAAUACCAUGGUAGUGGCACAAACGAGGUGUUACCAUUUUCUGGAGUUGACAGUAUCGACGGGGAAUGCCAGCAACAUUUCUAAUAACGCCAAUACCACUGCGAAUGCCAACUCGAACUCUAACACGAUGUAUUAUUCCCUUCUCAGACAAGGACCUUCCAAUAUAUUCCAGUUUCACACCAUACUUGCCGGCAAUUCAUUUCGCCAGGUCUUUUAUAGAGCCAUAGCGUCAACAGUCAAAGUACCAUUCUUCAUCGAACACGUCUCAUUUUCACCUAUCGCCAUCAAUAAUGCAGUCUCCACAGCACCAAAGGAGCUCACAUUCGUCUACGAUGGCACUCCUGAAUUCGAGCAGGCAGCACGAUCGAUGGCAGAUGAGUGCCUGCUUUCAUACUAUAAUGGCGUCUAUUACAAUCUUCCAGAACAAGUCAAAGACAAGCAAUUACUCUUCUAUGUCAUUUGUGGUUCCCACAUUGGUGUAGUCACUGGCUGGGAGAAUGCAUUGAACUGCGUCCUGGGCGUUAACAAGCCUGAAUAUCAUGAAGUUGUAUCUAUUGCGCUCAGGGAGCAACUGGUGAGGGAGGCAAUUGAUAAAGGCCAAGUAGAGAUGCCAUGGGCGUGGACGAGGUCAUGGGCGAUCAAAUUCAGACAUACCAAGCCGAAAAAAAUCCUAGGGACUGCAUCCAUAUUGUCAUCCUAUGAACCUGACAGCCAAUAUGCUGUUUCAGGAGAGGAUUUCUCUGAUUUUCCCUAUGAUUGCGAGGAACCGGAACCAUCUGUAUUACUAGAUGAGAGUGCAAGGCAUAAGCGAACAGCUGUGGAAUGGAAUGGUCAAUUUUUUGAGCGUGUUUCAUUGAAAAGCAUGGGCCUUCGCGUACAGCUGGGUCACGCAAUUGGCGAGCGGUGCAUUCUUCCCAGAAAGGCAUUCAACGACGAUUUUGUUCUCAUCGAUGCCAAUGGUAUUCAUGAAAUUGGGCUGGACUUCUGUGGCUGCACGACCUCCCAGACACAUACUAGGCAACUACUGCGUGCUGGUUGGUUUCUGUCAACUUCUACUAAUCCACGAACGGCCGCAACAUUCCAUGUUCUUCAUCAAUACCAUAUUCUGUCUUUUGAGUCAAAGGCUUCCGCAUAUGAGUUUUAUCACUCGCUGGAUCAUUAUGAAUCUUUCAUGCGCAUGGUCCGUGAAUGGCGUCACUUGGUGAUGUUAAAGCGCUCAGGACGCGGCCAUGAUCCAAGUGGUGUGGCGGGUACUUCGGAGGGUCAGUGUGCUGUGUUAUGUCCUGCAUGUCCGCAGCCUGGGAAAAAUCUCCCGGACAAUUGGCAAGAUGCUCCAAAGGCCAAAGGACAUGUGGUAUUGUCCGAUGAGAUUGAUCCCAGCCUUUCACGAGGUUGGGCUUAUUUUGUAGAGGAGGCAUCUUACAAGUCUCACAUCUCAGACAGGGCUGAAGAUACACAAGAGAAAAGCACGUGCUCCAGCCACAACGCUGUGAACAUGGCAGACACCAAAUUAUCUCAAGGACUUGCAGCAAUGGGACGUCCCAAUGGAGUCAGCGACCUUCAAAAGGGAGAAAAGUAUCUGAACAUGGAUUAUCUGUUUUUCUCUACACUACGACACUCCAUGGUAGAUGUCUUGAAUGUGUCAUAUGACAUCGCUUGUCAAUGGCACAAGCAUCUUUGGUCACGCAUGCUGUCUUUGCCACCUUCCCACCACUUGAACUAUUUUACGAGGACGAUCCGCUUCUUUGUGCCCAAGUUCCAUCUCCUUGCGCACGUCUCCAAGUGCCAAACGAUUUUUUCAUUCAACUUUACUCGCUUUGUCAGGCGCACGGAUGGUGAGGCACCAGAGAGAGGAUGGUCCAAUAUCAAUCCUGUAGCUUCAAGCACGAAGGGUAUGGGUCCAGGCUGUCAUCAAGACACACUAGACAAUCAUUUCGGUGACUGGAACUGGAAAAAAGUAGUUGGACUUGGAUCAUCGCUUUUAUUCAAGAUAAAAGAAGCCCAGACAGAAAAGGCCGAGCAUGGUGCUGCCUUCGAGGAGUUUGAUAGUGUCAUCACGUCUGAAAAUCCGAUUACACAAGCAAGUGCACGCUUGAACUUAGCCCAGCUCGAGGCUGAGGAUCUCGAACGUGGUGUAGAUCUUUCACUUCACCCUGAUGUAUCGCCAAGUGUACUCAUCGCAUCAGGCAUUGACCUUGAAGAAGAACAGCAGCGCUUGAAGGCCAUAGCCGACAACAUGGGUAUUCAUGCCAUGGAUACACAGAAGUUGAGUAUCCUCCGCAUGAGGAUGUCUCUUCGUCGAAAGACCGAAUCUUGGAGGCGGACCCAGCUUCUAUAUGUACCAUUGGUGCAAGUACUCGUCAACACGUCAGCAACCAGUGCUCUUGAAAAUGCUGAGCUUAUGAAGCUGUGGCUCCCGUCCGCAUUGAAUGGUAAUGCUUGUGAUUUGCACCUCCAACACAUCGAGUGGGAAUUGCGAUUCACACAAGCUCACGACGCUUUAGAAGAUCUUAGGCAGUGCCUCCAUGUACACUGCUCCCUUUUGAAUUUCAAGAAAGAAUGGAUUCGGGGCCAAGGGGCCAAUACUCGGGCUCAAAACGCGCUCGCACGUAUACAUGCUAGGCAGGCGGCGUGCGUAAAGCGCUAUAGGACUGCAUUGGGGGCUCUCAAAUCUCUCGCACAGAUUCUGAAGAAGGUAGAUUGGCGUGGAUGGUUGCAGGACCUCUCUGAUGACGACGUGAAGCCACUCAUCGACCCAUUUGCCACUCAGGGAGAGGGAAGGGCGCUUCGCUGGGCUGAAGAAGUGGACCUUCUCCAGGAGGAGAUGUGCCGGGUUUUGCUAUUUUUCAAUUGGCAGGCAAAUUGGUGGGAAGGACAGGGAGUCCUCCAGGUCUGCAAGCCAAUAUUUGCCGUUGCCUCGCUGCCCAUUUUGACUGCAUAUGGGCCCCAUUCACUUCUCCUCAAGACAUACUGGGCAAUCCAACUGCCGCGCUCCCAUUACCUGAUUUAA